GGUCUAAUCCAAUUAGGAUGGUAGCAUGCCUGUGUUAGCACUCCUAAGCUUGCAGCUAGGUCAGGAUAUUUUUGUGAUUGAGCCUCAAGGACUAAAGAGUGUAAAAGAGGUCCUACACCAUGUCUAUACUCAAGAUCCACGCCCGAGAGAUCUUUGAUUCUCGUGGAAACCCCACCGUGGAGGUUGACCUUUACACUGACAAAGGCUUGUUUAGGGCAGCUGUUCCAAGCGGUGCAUCGACUGGAAUCUACGAAGCCUUGGAGCUUAGGGACAAUGACAAGUCACGCUACCUUGGAAAAGGAGUCUCCCAGGCUGUAGGACACAUUAAUUCAACUAUUGCACCUGCACUUGUUGGCCAAGAUGUAUCUGUGGUUGAGCAAGAGAGAAUUGACCAGAUGAUGAUCGACUUGGAUGGCACAGAGAACAAAUCCAAAUUUGGAGCAAAUGCCAUCCUGGGUGUUUCUUUAGCUGUUUGCAAAGCUGGUGCAGCAGAGAAAGGCGUCCCCCUGUAUCGUCAUAUUGCUGACCUUGCAGGAAACCCCGAGGUCAUCUUGCCUGUGCCGGCCUUUAAUGUGAUCAAUGGUGGCUCUCAUGCAGGCAACAAGCUUGCCAUGCAGGAGUUCAUGAUCCUGCCCAUUGGCGCAAGCAACUUCAAAGAAGCCAUGCGCAUUGGAGCCGAGGUCUACCACAAUCUGAAAAAUGUCAUCAAGAAGAAAUAUGGUCAGGAUGCCACCAAUGUGGGUGAUGAAGGUGGCUUUGCUCCAAACAUCCUGGAGAACCAGGAAGCUCUGGAGUUGAUAAAGGAGGCCAUCGCUAAAGCAGGAUACACAGAUGAGGUUGUGAUUGGCAUGGAUGUGGCAGCGUCUGAAUUCUACAGGGAGGGAAAAUACGAUCUGGACUUCAAGUCUCCCGACGACUCGAGCCGUUACAUCACUCCAGACGAGCUGGCUGAUCUCUACAAGAGCUUUGUGAAGGAUUAUCCUGUGGUUUCCAUCGAAGAUCCCUUCGACCAGGACGACUGGGCGGCCUGGACCAGCUUCACUGGAAGCACAGACAUUCAGGUUGUUGGAGACGAUCUGACGGUGACAAACCCUAAUCGCAUCAGCAAGGCUGUGGAGGAGAAAGCCUGCAACUGCCUGCUGCUUAAAGUCAACCAGAUUGGCACAGUUACUGAGUCCAUGCAAGCGUGUAAGAUGGCUCAGGAGAGUGGCUGGGGUGUGAUGGUCAGCCAUCGCUCCGGUGAAACUGAGGACACCUUCAUUGCAGAUCUGGUGGUUGGCCUGUGCACUGGACAGAUCAAGACUGGGGCACCCUGUCGCUCUGAGCGUUUAGCCAAAUACAACCAGAUUCUAAGAAUCGAAGAGGAGCUGGGAGACAAGGCUCGCUUUGCUGGAAAGAAUUUCAGAAACCCAUUGACAGAAUAAAUCGAUUUACUUCACGUACAAAUGGAUUCAUACACACAAAUCUAUAACAACACAUCAGAUAAUAAUGGAAAACACAUCAGACCGAUAAUAGUUACUGUAGAGCCACUUGUGUACUAAUCAUUGAAAAUAAUUGGACAGAAUUUACUGUAGUUACUGAAAUUGUUACCCUUUACAAUAAUCUUUAUUUUAUUAUUGUAGUCUUUAUUCUGUCCUGUGCUAAUGUGGAGAGAAAUAAUAGACAAGAUUAUAACUUGAGUAAUAUUUAUUUACAAGACUGAAAAACUGUAAUUAAUAAAGCUGCUCUUGGAGACAGUUAAUAAAGUUUUCUUAGUGACA